UAGAAGCUUACGAGGAGUACGUGAACGCGGCAUACGUUUCUGAGCCGGUGUUUUCAUAAUUUUUUUUUUUUACGCCCCUCCGCUCUUGCACGGUGGUUUCCAUGCUUCAGAGACGACAAACGUAGCGUACAGGGGUGACAUGACUCUGACCAGAGGAUCUUUCACCUAUGCCAGUGGGGAAGAGUACCACGGCGAGUGGAAGGAAGGUCGGAGGCAUGGUGUUGGCCAGCUCAAGUUUCAGGAUGGAACCUGCUACACUGGCCAGUUUGAGAAUGGACUCUUCCAUGGCUCUGGUGUGCUGUUCUUCACAGAUGGAUCCAGGUACGAAGGAGAAUUUGCACAUGGAAAGUUUCAAGGCACAGGAGUCUUCAACCGAUACGAUGGCAUGAAGUUUGAAGGAGAAUUCAAAGAUGGACGUGUUGAGGGAUAUGGGCUAUUGACUUUCCCAGAUGGAGCUCAUGGUGUCCCACGAAACGAGGGCUUGUUUCAAAACCACAAGCUGCAGAAGAGAGAGAAGUGUCCAGGAGUGGUGCAGCAUGCGCAGGCUUCAGCCUCCAAUGCUCGCAGUCUGGCACUUUGACUGUCAUGGAUCCUGAAGGAGACACGGUCAGGGUUCCAGCGCCUUCCAGGAGGACCUCAGGGAUGUGUACUUGUAUACUCCCCUUCAGCUCUUUUCUCUGUGUUUUUUGCUCUUUUUUCACCAUCACUUUCUGUUUUUUUCUCUUUCUGCAUCUUCCAUGCUUAGCCUUCACAGUGGCUUGGCGUGCACAUGCAAUUUGACCAAACUAUGGCUUUCUGUAUGACUGACUUGAAAUGCACAACACCAUGAAGCACACCUUUAACUUCACAAGUCAUGUAAACACCAAAUGCUGCUGUUUUACAGUGUUCUGAGUCUUGUACUUACCAAACAUUGUUUUUGUGUUUUUCUCUAGAAUAGCUAGCUUUCAUACAUCAAACAUCUGAAUAUGGGAGACCUCUUCUUACCAUGUUAUUGCACAUCUGGUACUUUAAAGAGGGUUUUUUUCCUGCAUUAGGAGGAGGCGUAAAUUAAGUCUGUAUGCUGUAAGACAUUAGCCACUAAUGAGAUAAAUUCACCUUUUAAAAAUGCUGCAAUCCAUUAUAACAGAGUGACACUUGAAGGGACCGUGUGGUAGAGCAAUGUUUUUAAAAGUAGGUCCCUGUUUCGUUUUUUAUCAUGCACUGCCAUGAGGAUGCAUGUGCUCAAGCAUGUGGGCUACGUGAUACACAUUCACAGAUACACGUGGAGAGUUGGUGGCGAUUACGCACAAAGAAACAUUGAAAUGCAUCCACAAAGCCAUUCAUGUAGAAACCUGCUACCAGAAAACAAAUAAUCUAAACAACACACACAGGAAAAUACUCAAAAUUGGCUUUUUUAAAAUGUUUUUUUGAGGAUGGAAACACAUUUGUUAGCCACUGCACACAGUGAAUGUAAACAGUUUUGUUUGUUCACAAAAACACUCCACAGGGCACCUUUAAAAUGUCAUCUCAAUUAACAUUUCUGCUGCAAACUUCAUCUUUUUUUUGUCACUGGUGUUUCUCCUUCAAUAUUCACAUUUGCCUUAAAGACAUUUUGGUACUGAAAAUCAGAUGGUGCACAGUACCCUUUCCUCCCCUUCUCCUCUACAUCAUUUGUCCUAAGGUGUCUGUCAUCCUAAUGAAUUUGAGGUCUGUUUGAAGAUUGCCUUGAGAGACACAUUGCUAAGCUGGUGCUGAAUACCAGCUCUCAUCACUCACGAGUCCAGCAGCUCUCCUCUCUUCAAUACACCUCCUGCUCCCAGUGGAAAUCAUUGGAGAGCUUUAACACAGCUGGAUAGUUCUUUCAUGCUUUCCCCCUGUAUAACCUUAAAGACUUGGAUGACUGUACAUCCUUAAAGUUGAUUUAAAAAAAAAAUCAUAAUUAAACUAUUUAAUUAGGGAUGUGGAUCUUAAUUGAGGCAGCUGAAUAAAACAGUUUAUAAAUCAUGUAUAUUCAACAGUGUUAUUCUAAUGUAUGUGUUUUUCCUGUGAGGUGUAUAGAUAUUCAUUGUCAUUGAUUGUGAUUGUUUUGGCCUUUCAGAUUAAUUAAGAGAUAAUUGUUUGAUUGGUCAGGUAGUUAUUUAGGAAAGUGUGAGAGUGUUUUGAGGUGUUACAGAUUUAAUAACCAUUACAUCUAUUCUGUGAUUACAGAUUAAUUCAGUGUACUUGAACAGUUAAUAGGCCUUACAAAGUAUUUGUAGACAUGGCUUGUCUAGGGUUGCCUACAUAGAACUUCAACCAAAGACAAUCAAAUUAUAUUAUAGGUAAGGAAGCCUAGAACGGUCCAACCGAAGUUACAUAUGUCAUUUCUUACAGCUGAACAUUAAAGACAAAUCAAUAAGGACAAACUCACCUGGGGCUUUUUGUGUGCAAGAAAAACAAAAGGUGCAAAGAUUAAACAGGGAAUUGGUGUUAGAUUCUGUUGUAAAUAUUCCCGAAGUCUCUAGCGUGGAUUAUUGCACUUACUGAUUUUCAUUGUUGUUAUGUUCCAUGAGGAAAAAGAAAAUCAAUACUUAAUAUUGUGAGCCCAUGCUGUUGCUUGCUUUGAAUACCCCUUCGGUACAGCAGCAGAAGUGCAAUCACAAAGGGUGAAGAUUACACUAGACACAGAAAAGCAGAGCAGUGCAUGUGUCAGUACCACUAUCUACAAGCACACAAUGUUACUUUAAUGUUUGCUGUAUGUGCAACGUGUGCAAUAUGCCGUAUUUCAGAUCAUGUCAUGGUAUUUUUCCCUUUAGAUGUCAUGUCUGCUCAUGCCGUCUUUGCCUACACGCCCCUGCCUGAGUGAAAAUGAAUUCACUACAACCACCUCCAUUUCCAACUGGAAACAAAUGGUGCUUUAAAAGCGUGCCUGUCCAGACUUUCACCUGCCUGGAAAAUAUCAUUGCCAUGGUUACCUUUUUUUCAGUAACAAUAUAAUGUUGCUUUGAGUGCUCUUAAAGAAACCGUUUGCACGGUAUCCUCUCAUUCUCCUGCCAUAGCAUCAACGACUGAUGUGUUCAUUAAAGCCUUGUGUUGGAAAAAGAACACACUUUUCAUUUUCAAACAAAAUUGCACUUGG